AAAAAAUAAAAAUAAAAUUUUUUUUCUAUUUAUGUAGCUGAUUAUGUAAUUAUUUUUCAAUUAUUAUCCAAUUUUGCAAUGUCUUUGAUAGGUUUCAAUUUGAGCAGCCCUAAUAUAGAAAUAAUUACAAAUGAGUAAGCGCUUGUUAUUGACUUGCUUCACUUAUCACUCAUUAGUUGAAAACGCGUCGUCAAAUCGUUCAGUUUAAGCCUAGCAACUAUGUCCAUAUAUUACUGGCUCAUUAUAGUUACAUUGGCCACGCCCACUUGGAGUGAACAUACUCGAGUCAAGUCAAUAGAAUGCCAUUCGUUCGAUCCCGAAAACAUUCACAUCAGAAGCUGUAUUCUAAAGCCGGUUGGGCGUGGUGUUAAAGAUGUUUAUGUGGUUAUCAAACUACCAAAGGAGCCAGUAACCAAUGCUACGGUUCGUCUGGAGUUGAAGCAUCGCGGCUAUGACAAGCCCGUUUUAUAUUCAUUCACCGUGGAUGCGUGCCGAUUCAUGAGUGCCAGCAAUCGUAAUAUCCUCGCGAACGCUUUCUAUAAAUUUCUCAAAUUUGACGUUUACACCAACUUGAAUCAUUCGUGUCCGUUCACUGGCGAAUUAAUCAUCGAUCAUUUACGCUUCGAUAAGAAUUUCAAUUUUCCAGUACGCAUGUCCUUGGGCAAUUAUAAACUAAUGAGCUAUUGGUAUACAUAUAAUGUCCUGCGCAUUACCAUCCAAUUGAACUUUGAGAUCACAGCUUAAGAUAUUGCAUGACUAUAAUGGAUUACGAAAAUGGAUCAUAUAUAUACUUAUAUAUCGAUAUCUUUCUAACUAUAACUGUUUCUGGCUUGAAUAUAAAAAAUAUAUUGUUUCUUGAUAAA